AUGACAAAGAAUGUUACAUUGUUAGGCCUAUCAAAUAAAUUUAAGGAGGAUGACAAAUGGUUGGUUGUUGCAUCCUCAUCUCAGUCCAGAAUAUUCAUUUUCAAGGAGAUAAUAAAAUUCACUAACUGCGUUUUUAUUCCCUCCCAAUUCGAUGAGAAUUUGGACAAGUCACUCUAUACGCCUGUCGAAUAUAUAAAACAGACAGCACUGCACAAGGCUCAGGCUGUGGCCAAAAUUCUAUGGUCUGGCACUAAUUCAUUGAACAUAUCUUCCAUGUUUAAUGAAAUCAUCACUCCCUUUCAUAACAAUAUGCCCUUUAGUGACAAAUCUAGUUUCCCAUUUGUUGUGGGUUUCGACACUAUCAUGUUCAAGGACAAUAGAAUUUUUGAAAAGCCAGUGGAUCGUGAUGACGCUAAAGAUCAAUUAAAAUCGCUCUCUGGCUCAACUCAUCAUAUAUUUACGGGUGUUGCUAUUCUAUCAAAGUCAAAUGGCUAUCAGUCCCCCAUUAAACUAUUUCACGACUCCACAGAGAUGAGCUUGGAACCCAUGUGCGACGAGGAGAUCGAAUUGGUGCUAGAUACGGGCGAUUAUAAAAACGUAUGCGGGUCUUACAGAAUAGGAGGUGCGGGUGGGCAAUUUUCAACACUAAUUAGUGGAAGUUACACGAAUAUUAUUGGAGUACCUGUUAAGUCUUUUGUAGCAGAAUUGAACCAAUUAACUUGUGGUGUAUAA